GUGUGUAUCAAUCUGCAUAUGAAUAUAUAUCUGUUUUGAAUGCUUGCAUGUUUUGACAGCUUAAGCACGAUUGACAUGUACAAUGUGCGUUAUGUAGGUUGACAAACAGGUUCUGCAGUGUCACGUGUGUAGGCAUGUAUGUGUUUGGGCAUGGCGAAGCAUCGGAGAAGAAAGGUAUCAGCAGGGGCUAAAGUGACAUUCGGAAGGAAGGGAUGUCUGAAGGAGCAAGUCCCAAACUUAAUUCUCCAGCUCGCCCACCACCUCCUGACCCCUCAAAGCUACGACACCAUCGUCUUACCGGCCUCACCCACACAGAAGAAAUACUUGCUGAAACGUGUAAUCUAUCACUGGAGAGACAAGACCUCCCUGCAUACAUCCACGUGUUGUCUGACAAGUUGACUGCUACGGAUGAAGCUCCUGCCAGGCCACCACCUCCCGUACUGAAGAGAUCUUCCCUCUCUCAGACCACAGAGACACAGGAAUUAGAUGGCCAUGCGGAGCCAUCAUGCAUCAGAAAUGCCGAGGCAACAGUGGACGACCCGAAAUACGCUGAUGUUCUUCCCAAUGAAAGAAACCUUACAAAAGCAAGUCCCAAGCCUAUACGGCCAACUCGCCCACCACCUCCUGACCCCUUAAGGCUACGGCACUUCCUACCUCCCAGACUCACCAGCACAAAGGAAUUACAAGCUGAAACAUGCAAUCUAUUUCUGGAUUUAAAUGGAUACGCAGAGGAGUCAGAUGUCAGAAAUUCAGAAUCCUCUUGGCAUAAGGGGAACGAUGAGGCAACAGUGGACGGUCCAGCAUACCUUGAUGUUCUUCCCAAUGAGAGAAACCUCACAGAUCAUACCACGCCCAUAAAUGGUCCUCCCCCUCGCCCUGUUUUUCGACCUCGGUUUUUAACAUUACAACCCAAAAAAAAUGUGCUUUGCCAGACCCGCUCUGCUGAGCCGACUGAACAUGUGUAUGAAAGCAUAGACGACGUUCUGUCACAGGGUGAAGGUGGAGCCAUGGGUUUACCCGCAGGCCUAGCAAGACAAGGGCGUUUCACUUCUUACCGCUCGUGGAGUGAACGGUCUAGCGUGGUUGGAGAGCACACAGCAAGGGAGCUGGACAUCUUGUUAGAGUGGUGGAGAAACAUAGGAGGGUUGGAGAAUUUACCAAUGGAAAGUCAAGAAGAGAAAACAGUAGCAAAACCACUGAUCUCAGUGGCACAAAGAGUAAAAACGGCGAUGCGUCUGUAUGAGCUGCUUUUAGUUCAGCAUGGCACAGACCUUCUGAACCAUAUCACCGAGCUCCAUUGCACUGCAGACAGUCUCGUCAAAUCGAGUAAGAGGACUCGGGUUGCCAAGCUCACAGGAGGUACCACAGGUGCUGUCGGUGGUGUUGCUAUUGUGGCGGGCCUUGCUCUUGCCCCAUUGACCUUCGGAGCCUCGUUGGUGGCAACCGGUGUGGGCAUUGGAAUUGCUGCGGCAGGAGGGGCUACAGGGGCAUCCGCCUCCUACACCAAAAAAAUAAAAUGGACUCAGGUGAAGGACAAGGUGGGGAAAAUCAUAACCAACUUUGAAGCACAGAUUAAAGAUAUUCUAGCAUGCCUAAGGUUCAUUGAUAUAGGAAUGAAGCACCUCGGAAAGCAGGAUGGCGCAAAGCUGAAUGAAAAAGGUCCUCAUUUGGAGAAAAUAGCCAAAGUUGCUCAGGAAAUGGAAAGCACAAACUCCACAGAUGCCAUUGUCAAGUGUUUUGACAUCCUGCACGAUUUGGAGUACUAUUUUCUUGAGGAGGACGAUUCAAGAAUGAAAAAAAACUCUAAUAGCCAGCUUGCACAGAAAGUCCAUGAGGUGGCUGACAAUCUCAAAGAGUGCAUGGAUCAACUGUUGCGGAUUAAAAACCUGUUCCGCUCAGUUGAUGAUAAUGUUGAGCAAAAUGAUCAGCGAUUACAGUGAUCAAUUAGCAACGUAUAAGCUAUUGUUUAUCCUUUCACUUAAACUUUCCAUCCGGAAUUAUGACCCUGAAAUUAACUGAUGCCCAUCUUGUGAUGAUACAUAACAUUUUAUACCACAGAUCUGAAUGCUUGAUUCUGAUUGGUUAGAAAAUGUUAACAGGGACAUGCCAUGUGGCAGAGGUUCCACAUAAAUGGAAAGAGUUUUACCACUGUUGAUAUAGUUGUUCUCUCUUAAAUUAUGUUUGUUUGUUA